CGAUCAGUGCGAGAGAGUGCGUCGUCGAGCGAGGAACCAAGCCCAAAAACAUAUUUGAAGACGGAGAAGCGAACACGCCGCCCGAAAGAAACGCCAGCGGGAACUGUGUAGCCAAGUGAAAGUGUGAGAGUUAUUUAUAGAGCGUGCACAUAUAGACGCCUAUAUAUAUACAUAGAUAUAUAGAGAAAAGUCCACAUAAAGUCUGGUUGUUUUCGGGCAGACAAUUGCAGCAGAGCUACAAAAUGACGGACGUGCCAGAGCCCGUGCGCAAGUGCGCCAAUCUCUUGAAGGGCACACGCAGCGAUACCGAAAAGUUUGCGGCCCUCUUCAUGGUCACCAAGCUGAUGAAGGGCAAAGACUGCAAUACAGCGGGCAAGCAGCUGCUCUUUGAGGCGAUUGGGUUUCCUUUUCUGCGAAAGCUGCUUGUUUCCAAGGAUUUGCCCAGCGAUUGCCCGCCGCUGGUCUACAAGAGCGUCGCCCUGUCCAUACUGACAGGCUUCUGUCAGGAGGAGGAGCUGGCCACGCACAAGGAAAUUAUUGAUGCGAUACCCACUCUGCUAGAGAUUGUCGAGCAGGCGGAUGAUGCCGAUUACGAGGAUAAUCUGAUUGUGGUGAGCGAGGCCUACAGCUGCCUCAAGAGCAUUGCCAGCUAUGAGCCUGGCCAGCAGGCGCUUCUGGCCACCGGCGCCAUACCCAAAAUGUCGCAAAUUUACUCGGCGCAGAGCUUCCAGACGGACGAGGCUCUGCAUCUGAUUGUGCAGCUGGUGAAGAAGUUUGGCGUGGUCUCCUGGCCGGAGGAUCCGACGGCAUUCCAUGCACUCAUCCAGCGCAUUGCCCUGGACAUGGAAACGGAUCACACGGAACGCAAGUACGAGCUGUGCCGCAUACUCGCCGAUAUUUUGAUCACCUGCCGGCGUGAGAUUGUGCUUAACUCGCUAGAGGGCCAGAUCUGGCCGGAAAGCCUGUUCAAGGGCUGCAGCGAUAUACUGAAAGCCAAAAUUGGACCCAAACAGCGUGAUCCGGCGCUGCAUUUGAUAGCCACCACGCUGCAGGUUCUGGGCAUGCAGUGGGCCUUUAUGGACGAUCAGAAACAGUUCUUCCUCAUGCUUCUUCAGCUGGCGGCCAUUGAGGUGCGCAUGCAGAUGGAUGAAAAGAAGCUAGAGACGACCUUUAAGCAGGCGGAACUACUCACCUGCUGCUUUGUCAUACUAGAACAAUGCAUUGAGUAUAUGGCCAGCGAUCAGCUAGACAUGGAGCCCAAGGAAAAGCAGACCACCUAUACGGCACUGAAGGGCGCCUUCAACCAAGUGCUGGCCGUGCUCACGCGCGUCAGCCAGGACAAGAUCAAGGACAGUGGCAACGUGCGCGACAAGGAGUUCAUUAUUGCCACGGUGCGCAUAUUGUCCGCCUGGCUGGCCCAGGAGACCACCGCGAUGCGACCGGCCAUCUACAAGCUGCUGCCCUUCAUGCUAAAGAUUGGCAAUGAGAGCUUUCACGAGCUGAAAGCCUGGCGCGCCGGUCCACGUGAGGGCAGCCCACCCGUCGAUAUACUGCGCGUCAUGAUGCCAGCAUUGUGCCACUUUGCCGUGGAGGAUGAGGCACGUCGCGUGCUCUUCACGCACAAGCAGGACGAGGUGUUGUUGGAGGCCAUUGAGCUGUACUUUAGCAUUGCGCACUGGAAGCGCCCGCCAAUUCCGCGUGCGGAGCGUCUCAAGCGCAUGAACGAACCGGACCCGGUGCCCACGCCAGAGCAGCAAGCCCAGAUGAAGGAGGCGCGCAGCGCCAUUGUCGCCUUGUGCAACAUACUCAUGAAUUUUACGGUUCUGGAGCCAAAACGGGCCGAGGACGCGCCAACUUUUGUCAAUCUGCUGAAGUUCGUCGUUGAGAAUCUGCCCGAGUUGAAGGAUACACCCGAUAAUCUGGUCAUCCAUGGCAAUCUGGCUGUGCUCGGCCUGCUGCUGCUUAAACAGCAGUCCAAGAAGGUCAAACAGAACGAUUUCUCCAUUUGCCGUUACAUACAGGCCACCAUACGCUUCCUCUGGGAUGCGUAUAACAUCGAUGAGAGCAACGAUCCCACAGCUCUGGUGGUCUCUAUUGCCUACAAGGGCUACUGGUCGGACAUCUCGGAGCUCUGGUUCCUAGGCAUGCAGACCAUGUGCGGUGUGCUGCCCCUGGUGCCCUGGCUAUCCGAGUUUGCCCUCGAGUCCGGCUGGGCUGAGGGCAUUGUGAAGACGCUAAAGAAGGUGAAGAUCGGCACGCUGCCUGCCAACGUGAAGUCCGCCUACGAGGACUUCCUCUCCCAGUUGGUGGAUGUCAAUGCCGAUGUUGUGGCCGUCCUGAAGAAGGCCGAUGCGCUGCGCGUUUGCCGCAACCACAGGAUGAUGGAUCUGGGCAAGAAGCUGUUCGGCGAUUAAAUGCACACUUCUCUAGACUUACUUUAGGAAACGUUUCCUCAACUAUUUUUGUAUGAGCUUUGUUUUUUAUAUAUAUCUUGUAUUCGGUGUAUUCACUCA